GGCGCUGUGACUAGUCAGAACGUUUGAGUACAUACAAUGCUCGUGCAUCACUUUUUUUCUUCUUCCUCUUUAAGCUUGGUUGCUAGCUAGCACCUCUACAUUUUUAUAUGAUUUGUCUUUUAAUUUACAAUCUUGCUACGUUCAAAAUUUGAACUUAAUCGUUUAUGAGACAUUUUCGAAGUUAACAUUAAGUUUAAAGACGGACAACCACACAUAGCAACCCUUUUAGCAAAGUUGUGAGGCUAGCCAUCCAGCUAGCUAUAAUCUUUUAAGGUGGUGGAGAAAUGCGAUUUUAGCGGUCUGUAAAGAGGUGAUGAAGCCCACUCACCCUGACCCUCCCUCCCUCCCUCCUCCCUCCCUGUAGUGGUUCUCCAAGCCCUAGAGAUGGACGACGACUCCCCCACCCUGAGGCCUCGUCGUAUCCAGAACCAGAACGUGGUCCAUCGUCUGGAAGGCCGGCGUAUCUCCUCGGGCCGGCCCGGAGCACACUGGUACCGGGUCCGCUGCCUCCACCAGAACCUCUUCCCCAACUUCACUGUGGUGAACGUGGAGAAGCCCCCUUGCUUCCUGCGCAAGUUCUCCCCGGACGGACGCUGCUUCAUAGCCUUCUCCUCCGACCAGACGUCCCUGGAAGUGUACGAGUACCAGGGCAGCCAAGCGGCCGAGGACCUGCUGCUGGGCCAGGACGGGGAGACCCUCUCCAACGGCAACGACCAGCGUUCCCUCAACAUCCGCGGCCAUCUGUUCCAGCGCUUCUUCUCUCUCCUGCACGUCACUAACGUGGCGUCCAACGGGGAGCACCUGAACCGGGAGUGCAGCCUGUUCACCGACGACUGCCGCUACGUCAUCGUGGGCUCCGCCGCCUACGUGCCUGAGGAACCCCCGCCGUACUUCUUUGAGGUUUACCGGAACAACGAGGCGGUGACACCCAACCCUCGCUCGCCGCUGGAGGACUACUCACUGCACAUCAUCGACCUGCACACGGGACGCCUGUGUGACACGCGCUCCUUCAAGUGUGACAAGAUCGUCCUGUCACACAACCAGGGGCUGUACCUGUACAGGAACAUCCUGGCCGUGCUGUCGGUCCAGCAGCAGACCAUACAUGUCUUCCAGGUGACACCAGAGGGCACGUUCCUGGACGUGAGGACCAUCGGGAGGUUCUGCUACGAGGACGACCUCCUCACCCUCUCUGCCGGGUACUCUGAAGCGCUGGCGGAGGGCCAGCCCGGCUUCCCCCGCCUCUACACGGAGAAGACCAUCAACUCCCUGAAGCACCGGCUGCUGGUGUUCCUGUGGCGGCGCGCGGAGCAGGACGGCAGCGCCACGGCCAAACGCCGCUUCUUCCAGUUCUUCGACCAGCUCCGGCAGCUCCGCAUGUGGAAGAUGCAGCUGCUGGACGAGCACCACCUGUUCAUCAAGUACACCAGCGAGGACGUGGUCACUCUCAGGGUCACUGACCCCUCCCAGCCGUCCUUCUUUGUGGUGUACAACAUGGUGAACACAGAGGUGCUGGCUGUGUUCGAGAACACGUCAGACAAGCUGCUGGAGCUGUUCGAGAACUUCUGUGACCUGUUCCGCAACGCCACGCUCCACAGCGAGGCUGUCCAGUUCCCCUGCUCCGCAUCCAGCAACAACUAUGCCCGGCAGGUCCAGAGGAGGUUCAAGGACACCAUCGUGAACGCUAAGUACGGGGGCCACACGGAGGCUGUGCGGCGCCUUCUGGGGCAGCUCCCCAUCAGCGCCCAGUCCUACAGCAGCAGCCCCUACCUCGACCUCUCGCUCUUCACCUACGACGACAAGUGGGUCUCCGUCAUGGAGCGCCCCAAGACCUGCGGAGACCACCCCAUCAGGUUCUAUGCCCGGGACUCAGGUCUGCUUAAGUUUAAGAUCCAGGCAGGCCUGCUGGGUCGUCCCAUCAACCACACAGUCCGCCGCCUGGUGGCAUUCACCUUUCAUCCUUUCGAACCCUUUGCCAUUUCCGUGCAGCGCACCAACGCAGAGUACGUGGUCAACUUCCACAUGCGCCACGUUUGUGUGUGAACGUGUGUACGUGCGUGUGGGUUGUAGGAGAGAUCCUCCCAGACCCACUAACUUUUUACUGCUGGAACCCUGAAGAACCACAGAGGACCGGUCCAUUGUGCAGAACCCUGGAGAACCCAGAUGUCCAUCCCCCGGCUGGGCUGAGAGGGCCUGCAGGCAGAGGAGGGGGAACAUGGCCGACCGAGGGGCUGAAUAGGGAGGAGCUAUGGGUGGCUUGUGGAGGGAGGGUGGGGGGUUUGGACAGGAUUCUUUGUGCGAGGCAAGUCCCCGUCUCUCCACCUGCAGCUGAACUUUUCAGCUUUUAGGUUCAGUUUUAUACUCUUACACAUGUACAUCGAUAUUUUAUGUUGCUCUUUAGAUGUGUAUAUAUUUUGUUUCAAUAAAAUGAUUUAAACUUG